GGAGGCGGCGGUGGUGGCGCUGGUGGCGGACGCUACUCCGCGCUCAAAGACUUCGACGAGUUUGAGGAUCAUCAGCGCCGCAAGGAUCGCAACAAGCGUCGCGUUAGCUUCAAGCCGCCACAGUUUCCGCACAACAAAAAAGAUAUCAAGUUGCGACUCGACGAUGUGCGUCGCUGGGACGAGGAUGAUGAUAUGAACGAAAUGACCACAGCAGCCAGAGACCGCCCCAGUUCCCGACGUCGCGGCUCACCCAUACCGCGCGGCAGAUUUGGCAAACUGAUGCCCAACAAUUUUGGCUGGUACCAAGUGACGAUUCACAAUGGACAGAUCUACGACAAGGAGACACUUUUGCGUGCCCUAAUGGCUGCCAUGUCACCGCAUAUCUUUAUACCACAAUACUGGCGUUCGGAGCGCAGCAGUGUCAUAUUCUUCACGGACGAUUUUGAGGUGGCCGAGCGUAUCCAACACUUGGGCAGAAAUGCCCAGCUACCGGAUGGAUUCCGCCUAAUGCCGCGCGUGCGCAGUGGGAUACCGCUGGUGGCCAUCGACGAUAACCUCAAGGAGAAGAUGAAGGUGGUAAUGGCCAAGCGCUAUAAUAUACAGACCAAGGCCUUGGAUCUGUCCCGCUUCCACACCGAUCCUGACCUGAAGCACAUCUUCUGUCCGCUCUUUCGUUCGAACGUGAUGAGCACCGCCAUUGACAUUAUAUGCGAGAAUAUACCCGAUCUGGAGGCGCUUAAUCUGAAUGAUAACUGCAUGUCCAGCAUGGAGGCGUAAGGAGUGGAGAAGCGCAUUCCCAAUCUCAAGGUCCUCUAUUUGGGUGAUAAUAAGAUUCCAUCGCUUGCCCACCUGGUGGUGUUCCGCAAUCUGAACAUCCUGGAGUUGGUGUUAAAGAACAAUCCGUGCCGCUCCCGCUACAAGGACAACCAGCACUAUAUCAGUGAAACCCGUCGCAAGUUCCCCAAGCUGCUCAAGUUGGAUGGCGAGACCCUAGGGCCACAGGUUGACUUUGAUCUCACUGAGUCGGGACGCAUGCCCGAGACCAAGGCCUCCUUCCUGUGCGACAAUGCCGGAGCCGAGAUUGUGCGCCAGUUUCUGGACCAGUACUUCCGCAUUUUUGAUUCGGACAACCGUCAGGCGUUGCUGGAUGCCUACCACGAGCAAUCUAUGCUCUCUAUAACAAUGCCUUCGGCCAGUCAGGCGGGCAGACUGAACAACUUCUGGAAGUUCAAUCGCAAUCUGCGCCGCGUGGUGAACAAUGAUCGGGAUGACCACCGCAUCCGUCAGCUGAAGUAUGGCCGUCUGGCCUGCGUGUCCACAUUGGACGAGUGGCCGCGUACGCAGCACGAGCGUCGCACCUUCACCGUUGACCUGACCAUCUUCAAUGCAUCAAUGAUGGUCUUCACCGUGACCGGACUAUUCAAGGAGCUAAGCCGUGAGACUGGCAAUACCAACUACGAUCUCCGCCACUUUGCCCGCACCUUUGUUGUGGUGCCGCAGAACAACGGCUAUUGCAUUCGCAACGAGACCAUUUUCGUGACCAGUGCCACUAAUGAGCAGUCACGCGAGUUUAAACGCUCGCAGCAUCAGCCGGCUGCCGGCGCUAUUGCUUCGACAAGUGCCGCCGCAGCCGCUGCUGCUGCCGCUGCAGCAGGCUCUUCUACAGGAUCAACUCUGCAGGGUCGUCUCAAUCCCGGCAGCGUGGGCAAUGUGGCGACCGUAGCCAUUUUGCCAGGAGCCCCAUUAGGUGCCACCAGUUCGGUGGCCAGUGGUGGAGCUCCUGCAGCGCCGGCAGUAGCACCUGGCCCAGUUGUUCACGACGAGAAUACGAAAAUGCAAAUGAUUCAGGCCAUGUGUGCUCAGAGCCAGAUGAAUGCGGUUUGGAGUCGCAAAUGCCUGGAGGAAACAAAUUGGGACUACAACCAUGCCGCCUUUGUGUUCGAAAAGCUUUUCAAGGACAACCAGAUACCGCCCGAGGCCUUUGUGAAGUAAUUGCAUCAGAUGAAUGCAUAGGAGGAGAGGAGCUACUGCUCCAAAUAAAAGAAUACAGAAAAGAGGAUAGAUAUUAAAAAAUAGAGGGCCAAGUGCCACAUAACAAAAGUUUCACCUUUUGCGCAACAAGAGCCAAGCAGAGCAAGCCAGAGAUUCGUUAAUUUAGUGUUAAUAAUGCUGUACAUGUACACAGGUUUUUGUUUUUUUUUUGUUUAUACUAUUUCUUAUCAUUGUAAUAAAUAAGAUCAUGCGUGUGAGGCCAGUCCGCUUUAUGGUCAUUGCCACACGCAUAAUCUUGCUAACCCAACGGGUUUUGGAUAGGUUUAUUUAUCUCGCCUUAAGUUCUCUCUGGCACUCUUUAGCUUUUAGCAAUUGUUGUAUAAAAGCGAAGAACUAGAAAAUACAUAUAGAUUUAAAACAAAAGUGAAACGAAGGCCUCAAAUCAAGAGUUUAAGUGCCGCAUGCCGUCAGUCAGUCCCCAAUCGGUCACCACACACUUCCUAAUCCUUUCCCCCCUCCCAAGUAGCCUUAAAAAACGUAUUUAAUUAGAAAAAAAACAUGGACAAGCAAUUUCUAUCAAUGAAUGAUAUAUUUAUGUACAUUUUUGACGAUGCUGACGAGGACUCAGAAACCACCAUUACCUUUUGUUUCCUUGAUAGCAAGACUAAGAUAAAACUUACAAUUAAGCAUCAGUCGAUUAAGAGUUUCGGUAUAUAGGAGAUAUAUACAUAACACACUUAUUUUGAAUGUAAGGCCCAUGAAAAAUAAAUAUAUCGGAAGCAAAUGUAAACACA